CGUGUGUGACGGCUGUUUCUCAAUCUGACAAUAAAUCGGUCUUUCCGAAGUGUGAACAUUUCCUCGUUAACUACGACUACCGCAGAUCCAAACACACUUUGAAUCAAUAAGUAACUGCUACUGUUGGGUUUAUUUCCUGAUGUAUUACGGACUAUGGUUUCGUAAUUUGCAUGAAUUACUUAAUUUUUUUUGGAACGAAGCUUCAUUGUAAACGCAACUGCAAUAGCCUCAUCGCGAAAUCACCGUUAAUCGUUGGCAGUAUGGCGUAGUGGUCAGCCAGGCUGUGUGAAAUGAUAACCCAUUCCCAGAGAUUCCUUCAUCUAGUCACGCUGUUAUGGCCUUUUCGAGAGUUCCGUCGGACAAGAAUGAUCAGAAUCCUAUAUUAUUUUGUCUUAACGUUGCUGUUAGUCAUGUGUAGUGAAAGCUGUGGCCCAGGAAAAACGGAACUGAAACGCCGAAGAGUACCGAAAAAGUUCCAGCAUUCUCAGCACUGGCCACCGUUUGUCAAAGGACAGUACGAGCCGCCCUUCGCGGAAACAGCAUGGAAGGCCAGCGGACCCGCGCGCGGAAGAAUAGCAAGGAAGUCUCAACACUUCAGAGAAGAGCUCGUUCGCGUUACUCAUCCGGAUAUACUAUUCCGUAGAGAUCGGUUCAGCAGUUCGACCGAUCGUUUUAUGACAAGGACUUGCAAAGAAAAACUGGAAAUCCUAUCCAUCAUGGUGCAGAAUCGGUGGCCGGGCGUUAAACUAAUGGUCACGGCUGGACACAUGGAAUAUGUUGACUGGACCUCGAUGAAUGCCGCCCGCUACAAGCGUCAUUUAAAAAACCGUAAAGGACCGCCGAAAAAGGCGGGCGUGGCUUUCCACUCCCUUAAUAAUCGACGACAGAGCGCUGUUGAAGCAUGGCAUCCAGUAACAUCUAAGGACACUUUGCACUACGAAGGCCGAGCGGUGGACAUCCGGACCAGUGAUAGAGAUAGGACAAAAUAUGGAAUGCUGGCGCGAUUAGCGGUGCAAUCUGGAUUCAAUUGGGUGCAUUACGAAUCUCUAGCGCACGUUCAUUGCUCUUGCCGCUCAGAAUACCACGCCUACGAACUCAUGACCAAAUUAAAAGGUUGUUUCCACGCGAAUUCAAGUAAAGUGGUACGGAAGAAAACAUUUAAUCAGCCGAAUCCCGAAACGAUUGCUAUUCGUAAUCUUCGCAUUGGAGAUUACGUUUUAUCCACUGACGGGGAUGGCGAGUUGGUUUAUAGUCAAGUAAUUGCCUGGCUGGAUCGGGAUUUCUCUUCCCGAAAUCUUUUCUACCGUGUGACCGUGGCCAACGGUCAAACCAUCCUGGUGACCCCUUCUCAUCUAAUUAUGUCAAAAAAUCCGCAAACGGGAGACAUUUCUUCCCAUUAUGCCGAUGAUCUUUCCGUGGGCGAUAUAUUGCUCAGCACUGAAUUGGAUCAAAACAGUACGCUUGCUAACAUGUCGGAUCUGGGUGAGCAGAGGAUUACCUCAAUUACGGAAAAAAUUCUGACCGGAAGCGUUGCUCCCUUAACGGUGGAAGGGACAAUUGUGGUUAAUGGAUUGGCAGCGUCGUGUUACGCAUCCAUCCAGGAUGCUGGACUGGCACAUGCUGCUUUUGCUCCGCUGCGAUGGUGGGUAAAUGCCUUUGGAUUGCCAAAACCUUCGUCUGCAGUUAGAGAGAAAGAUGGUGUGCAUCCUUUUGCUAAGUUUCUGUAUGGUGUUGCCGGAAGAAUACUCCCGCAGGGAUACAUGUUCUCCGAUUCGAUACUAUCGUGAUCAUUACAAAACUGGGAAUGAUACAUUGUUUUUAUUUGACUCUGUCUAUUGCAUUCUUGGUAGAAAAAUAGGCCCGAUAUGGAGUAAACCUGAUCCCUGUGUAGAAAUACUUAUGCUUGCUCUGUUUUUAUCAGCACUUGACAGCCAAAAUCAACUAUUGUAAGUUACGCUUGUGUGUCUCCGUUGUUGAAUCUUUUGUUUGACUUCACUUUGUUAUUUGUGCAGAUUGACACCCUCUGUUCCGUUGAGCUGUUUUCGUCGCUUGUUUUUUCGUUCUAGGUUUUCGAUGUUUUAGUUUCCGGAAUUCACUUUAUUUCUAUUUGCACAAUAAAAUGAAUAAAGCGCUGAUGG